AUCAGUGUCGUGAAAAGGCACGUGUAGCAAGUUACCGUCAAUGUGUACACAAGCUAUUGCUGUGCUGGAUGCAUGCUUGCCAGAGUCAAAAUGUCAGCUAUUAAGUACAACUUGGUAUGAUUUAUGAUGAAUGAUAACAAUAGAAGAUAUGUGCCUCCCAUAUACUGGAUAACUCACACGUGACGGCUGAAGCAAGGGUCAACAUAAAAGCAGGAUGUUUGUUUUGGUUGAGAUGGUCGAUACUGUGAGGAUUCCUCCAUGGAACUUCCAGAGGCAGCUCAAUGAAGCUGUCACAGAAGAACUGAAUAAAAAACUGGCGAACAAGGUGGUUUAUAAUGUAGGACUGUGCAUCUGUCUGUAUGACAUCGUUAAAUUGGAGGACUCCUAUAUUUUCCCUGGUGAUGGUGCCUCUCACACAAAAGUCCAUUUCAGGUAUGUGGUGUUCCACCCCUUUUUGGAUGAGAUCCUCGUGGGGAAGAUCAAGUACUGUAGCCAAGAGGGAGUACAUGUCAGCCUGGGAUUUUUUGACGACAUAGUAAUCCCUCCAGAAUCUUUGCAACAACCUGCUAAAUUCGACGAGGCAGAGCAGGUGUGGGUGUGGGAGUACGAGACGGACGAGGGUGCCCACGACCUCUACAUGGACCAGGGCGAGGAGAUCCGCUUCCGGGUGGCGGAUGAGGUCUUCCUGGACACCUCACCCACAGGGCCCAGCAAGGCUGCGGAGCCGCCAGCAGCACCGGGAGCAGGACCGGCGUCUGCAGCGCCUCCUCCAGAGCCCGAACAGAAGAAGGAGGCCCCCUACACGCUGGUGGGCUCUGUCAGUGAACCAGGCUUGGGACUUCUGUCAUGGUGGAACAACUAGUUAUUGGAAGCAAGGUCACAGUGACUUGAUGACCACCCACCCACAUAAACUCAACGGACUCUAUCUGCCACCGCCAUUACAGCAGUCAAAAGUCUGCAAGGGAUAUACAGGAAUAGAAGGAAUUAUGGAGGAUAGUGUUAAUGGAUUUCUUAAUGUGUAGUCAGAAAAGAAACGUGUGUUCCCGGUCCUCAGAUUACCAGACUCUUUUUGAAUUCCUUUUUGAACAAGCUCUUGUUUCUGGAAAAAAAACGUAUUUAUAUCUGAAUCUUUGAAAAAGGGCCAAUUAUUGUUUUCCCAUUACUCUCGUCUCUCUGGUUUUGUUUUUUUUCAUGCUGUAUGAGGUGUGUGUUUUUUUUUGGCCCAGCAAUUGUGUAAUAAAUUUGAUUAAUUAUGUACAGA